CAUCUGCUUUACAGCUUACAGAUGAAAUAGCCUGAACACAUGCUGGAUUCAGUUUGAUUUGAAUGCAGUGUUGUCAGGUUCUGGGACAUGGAUUGUCACGCGGUGAUGUUACUAUUUCUGCUUUCAGAGAUCAGUUCAUCGUACGGUUUUCGAGCUUUUCAAACUUACAUGCCAAAUGUCUGCACAAAACAAGAGAGAAUUAUCACAGCUGAGAAACAGCCUUGUGUACAGGCUUUUACACGUAUGGUGAAGGUUUGGAGGCAAGGUUGCACAGGUCAUUCAUGGUGUAUGGACUAUGAGAGGAGGACUGCCUACUACAUAAACUACAGACAAGUGUACAGACAAGACUUCAAGACUACAUACAGAUGCUGCUCUGGGUGGUCUCAGCUCAGUGGAGAGUCAGGCUGCCUCUAUCGUCUCUGCACUUAUGGUGUGUGCUUUAAUGGGGGUGUGUGUACAGGUGGAUUGCAUCAGUUGUGUGAUUGCCCACCAGGAUUCAAUGGACCUAACUGUCAGCAUGAUGUGAAUGAGUGUGAGGAGAAUAACAAAGCCUGUGAGUGUCUCUGCUAUAACACAAUUGGCAGCUUUUACUGCAAGUGUCUGACUGGCCAAACACUCAGGGAGGAUGGAAAGACCUGUCAAGAUGUUGAUGAGUGCCAGGUACACAACGGAGGCUGCCAGCAUAGGUGUGUGAACACCAGAGGUUCAUUCUACUGUGAGUGCAACCCAGGGUUCCGUCUCCACAUUGAUGCCCGCACCUGCAUAGCUGUGCUCUCUUGUGCGGUGAAUAAUGGAGGUUGUGAGCAGGAAUGUAUGCAGCUUUCUCCUGUUCACUUCCAGUGCCGCUGUAGACGUGGAUACCAGCUCACCGCUGAUGGCAAGCACUGCAGAAUGAGGAACCCAUGUGCGGAGAGAAAUGGCGGCUGCAUGCACUUAUGUCACAUUGAAGGGGGUCAUGCUGUGUGCGGCUGUCACCAAGGCUUCAUACUGGCUCUGGACCAGAAGAGCUGUGAAGACAUCGAUGAGUGUGCGACAGGGCAGGAAGCGUGCGCUCACAGCUGCCAAAACACCCCAGGCUCUUUCUCCUGCAUCUGCAAUCCUGGAUAUGAGCUGGGGUCUGAUGGCAGAAAAUGCUACCGUAUUGAAAUGGAGAUUGUUAAUAGUUGUGACACUGAUAACGGAGGCUGCUCACACCACUGUCGGCAUGGCACUCUUGGACCAGUCUGCAGCUGUAAUCAUGGUUAUCAGCUUGAUGAAGACCUCAAAACCUGUUUGGACAUAGAAGAUUGUGAGGAGGGAACCUCAUGCUGUGAGCAGGACUGCACAAACUACCUUGGAGGUUACGAGUGCUACUGCAGGGCAGGAUACAGUCUCAACUCAGAUGGCUGUGGAUGUGAUGAUGUGGAUGAAUGUCUGUCUGAUAAUGCGGGCUGUGAGCACAUUUGCCAGAACACAGCUGGAUCCUAUCAGUGCUUUUGUCAGUAUGGAAACCAUCUCGCUGAGGAUAGACACUCCUGCAUCUCUCUGGAGAGAGCAGUAAAGGAAUUGUCUAGUCCACGGUUGGUUGGGAGACCCCCUCUUCAUCUCACUCUUCUCCAGGACUUCCCUCAACCCCUAGAGCGCUAUGAUGACUAUGAGGAAGACCGUUUUGAAAAACUGCGGGCUGAGAGCACUCUUUCUGAGAAAUAUGUGUGUUUGAAUGGGACAUUUGGCCAUGACUGCUGCCUGUCAUGUGACGAUUGCUCUAACGGAGGACAGUGUAACAUGGAGAGAGAUGGUUGUGACUGCCCUGAUGGUUGGACAGGGGUCAUCUGUAACCAAACCUGUCCAGAGGGCACUUUUGGCAGAAACUGUUCUUUCACCUGUAAGUGCAAAAAUGGUGGUACCUGCAACCCGGUUAGUGGGAAGUGCCGCUGCCCACCUGGAGUCAGUGGUGACUUGUGCCAGGACGGAUGUCCGAAGGGACUAUAUGGAAAGCACUGCAACAAGAAAUGUAACUGUGCUAAUAACGGACACUGUCACCACACUUAUGGAGCCUGUCUGUGUGAUCCAGGGCUGUACGGCAGAUUCUGUCACUUACCUUGCCCCAAGUGGUCGUAUGGAUCUGGCUGCUCAGCAGAGUGUCAGUGUGUGCAACAGAACACGCUCGAGUGCCACAGGCGCCAUGGAACUUGUAUAUGCAAACCUGGCUAUCAGGGAAAAACCUGCAACCAAGAGUGUGACAGUGGUUACUAUGGUCCAGGAUGUAGGACAAAAUGCCAGUGUCCAGCAGGAGUAUCCUGUCAUCACAUGACCGGCCAAUGUCAGCGCUGUUGCCCAGCUGGCCUGCACGGGGAGCACUGCGACAGAGAGUGCACUGAGGGACAGUUUGGAGUUGGAUGCUCACAGUCUUGUAACUGUAGUGGCGCUCCAUGCGACUCAGUUACCGGGCAAUGCCACUGUCCCGCUGGGCAGACCGGAGAACACUGUGAGAAAGACUGUGAAGAGGGCCACUGGGGGCAGAGAUGUGCAGAGCUCUGUCCUGUUUGUGACAAUGGUGGAGUGUGUGACAGACAAAACGGCACCUGCCUUUGUCCGCCAGGAUACAUUGGAAAUCUCUGUCAGAACAUCUGCCCAGUUGGGCACUUUGGCCUCGGCUGCCAGUUUCAAUGCUCCUGUGAUAACAAUGGGCAUUGCCACCAUGAAACAGGUCUCUGUGUUUGUAAAGAUGGCUGGACAGGACCCAACUGCAGGAAAGCGUGUGAGCCGGGACGCUGGGGGUCGAACUGUGCCAAACUGUGUGACUGCAAGAGCAGCGUGGGAAGCUGUGACCCUGUGACUGGGCAUUGCUAUUGUGAGGCAGGCUACAUAGGACCACGAUGUGAUCGAAACUGUCCUGAGGGUUUCUUUGGCCAGGGCUGCUGCCACAGAUGCCAGUGUGAGAAUGAUGCCGCGUGCGAGCAUGUGAGCGGUGCCUGUACUUGUUUACCGGGCUGGACUGGAACAUACUGUGAAAAACCCUGUCCUGAGGGUUUCCAUGGCCUUGAGUGCCAGCAAAAGUGUCAGUGCUUGAAUGGUGGUCGUUGUCACCCCAUGACUGGAGGCUGCCAAUGUCCAUCUGGCUGGGUCGACCACAUCUGCAAUACCACAUGUGAUGCUGGCACCUACGGCCCAGGCUGCAAUCUAACCUGUAACUGCCACAAUAAUGCCACCUGUGACCCUGCGGAUGGGCGAUGUGAGUGUGGAGCAGGGUGGAGAGGGCAUAGCUGUGAACAAGAGUGCCCAUCUGGAUUCUAUGGUUUGGGCUGUCACCAGCAGUGCUUGUGCCAGAAUGGAGGGACAUGUGACCAAAUCAGUGGCCACUGCACAUGUCUAAGUGGUUGGACUGGAGUGGCUUGUGAACUUGAAUGUGCCGUGGGACACUUUGGUAUCGACUGCCAACGUAAGUGUGAGUGUGAGAAUGGCGGUGUGUGUGACCGACAGAGUGGCAGGUGCUCCUGCACUGCAGGGUGGGUGGGCCCACGCUGUGAGAGGGCAUGUGCAGUAGGCUUUUAUGGCCCAGGCUGUAAGGAGCAGUGCAGAUGUGACCACAAUGCCCCAUGUCACCAUAUCACUGGCAUCUGCAUGUGUCCAGCAGGCUGGAGAGGGCCGCACUGUGAAAAAAUCUGUUUGCCUGGUUCGUUUGGAAAGCGAUGCGCUCAGCGCUGCCCUUGUCCUCGUGGUACGUCCUGUAACCAUGUGACUGGCAAGUGUGGCUGCCUACCUGGCUUUACUGGUCACGGCUGUGAACAAAUCUGUCAGCCUGGCACAUUUGGACUGAAUUGUAAUCAGGUGUGCCAGUGUUCUAUGGUUCAUCAGCUCUGUCACCCGGUCACUGGUGUGUGCUACUGUGCCCCAGGUUACCAUGGCAACAAGUGUGAUACAGAGUGUGAGGCAGGGCGUUAUGGUCCUAACUGUGAGCGGAAGUGCCAGUGCCUGAAUAACGGAGUGUGUAAGACCACCACUGGAACCUGUACCUGCCCACCUGGAUACAUUGGGCCAAACUGCAACAUCAGUUGUCCAACAGGGCACUAUGGGCAAGACUGUGCACGAGUAGCUUUGUGUGGUGAAGGGGCCAAGAAUGAUCCAGUCACAGGCAGAUGUGUGUGCAAAGUCGGUCAGCGAGGGGAAGACUGUGGGCAAGGCUGUGCUAAGGGCUGGUUUGGGGAGGACUGUGCUCAGCGCUGUAACUGCAGUAAUGGAGUGUGUGAUGCAGUAACAGGUAACUGCACCUGUGGGCUGGGCUGGACAGGAGACAGCUGUGAUACAGAGUGUCCCAGAAGCAGGUAUGGGGCUGACUGCCAGGAGGUGUGUAACUGUCAAAAUGACGCCACCUGUGACAAAGUAACGGGAGAAUGUCACUGUCUUCCAGGAUACUAUGGGCAUCUCUGUGAACAUGUAUGCCCUCUUGGUUUCCAUGGGCAUCAGUGCCAGCUUCUCUGCAACUGCCAUGCCAAUGCACCUUGUGACCCGAGCAAUGGCCGCUGCCUCUGUCCUCCAGGUUACCAAGGACUCAGCUGUGAGAAAGUGUGUGAGCCAGGCAUGUUUGGGCCUAAUUGUGCCCACAAAUGUGACUGUGACAGAGACACACCAUGUGACUCUGUCAGCGGAAGGUGUUUGUGUGCACCAGGGAAGAUGGGAACUCGCUGUGACAUAGACUGUGGAGUAAAUCGUUUUGGCCCAGAUUGCUCAGAGAGAUGUGAUUGUCGCAAUGGAGGGCAAUGCAAUACAGGCAAUGGACGUUGCACUUGUUUGAAUGGAUGGGUAGGACCAAGCUGUCAAGAGGGACUCACGUCUACUCAGAGUACUAGCAGAAGCAAACAGAACGAUUCCUCACUGUCCAGCUUGCCAGUAUAGCAAUCUCACAGUUCCUGAUCCAGUCUAGCCUAUACAUGACAGAAAUGGAGACACUGCCGGCUUAAAUUUGUGAGUGGACUUUUGGCAAAAAUUUUAGCGUUUUUGAAUCUUUAAACACUACAGAGUACAAACAACCAUCAAAUUACUUUGACGAGGACAAACUCUGAUGGCAAUUAAAGUGGAUUUACAGAAGAAUCUUCCAUUAGUCGAUACAUGAUGAACUUUCUCACGGAAAAGUUGACAUCAAAGCCAAGAUGAAGGAGAAGACUUUUCAUAUAGAAGCUCCUCCUCUAUAAGGACAAAUUCAACUGUUUUUUUGAAGAGCAUUUUCAGCUUUAGUCCUUCAUUUAAAUCGUAUGUAAGAUGUGCUUCCCUUUCUAGCUUCCAACUCUUAUCAAUCACAAGCAGCAAAUCAAGGUCUUCGGUUUACUUGAAAAUAACAAGCGGCUGUGUCCAAGCAAGACUAAGCUCCUGGACUAAAUUCCCAAAUGAGGGGUGACCCAUGAACUGAAGAGUUACUAAAAUCUCAGUCUUGCUUCCUCCUUCACCCAAAAAUGAAAAUUCUCUAAACAUUUACUCACCCUCAUGUCAUGCACAACAGGAGAUGUUUUGCAGUAUGUGCAAGCUGCUCUUUUCCAUGCCAUGAAAGCAAACAGUGACUGUAGCUGUCGAGCUUCAAAAAGACAACAUAAAAGUAACAUAAAACUUGUGCACUGUAUUCCUAUGUACUCUGGUGUAGCUUUGUAUGAGGAAUAGGCUGAAAUUGUGGUUAUUCACUGAUAAAUGUGCCCUACUCUGGUCACUCUCUAAUUUUAUUUAAUUGAAUACAAAAUGUGGAGCAGCUUGCAAUUGUUGACAGGUUUUUGAGUGAAAAGGGCCUGUUAAAUAAUUAUCUUGCAUCAUUUGUGAUGAACAUUUUCAAUUACUUCUAUUAGAAUUCAGGUAGAAUUUGAAAUGAUAAGUUAGCAGUCCAUAUUUGGUUACAUGGUCCAUAUAUUUAAAAAAAAAAUAAUAAUUUUCAAAUUCAAAAUUGUAUGAAAUGACAGUCCUUUUACUUUGUGUACAUAUGAAUGUAAGUUUUAAUGUGCGAGUGGUUCUGUAAGAUUUUUUUUUUUUAAAUUACAAUUUGCAUUUAAAGAACAGUACUGUAAACCAUAUACUCACUAAAGAUUCCUGUUAUAGUGCCUGUUUUCUACAGAUAUAUUUUUUGUACCAUACUGUGUCUACAAAACUUGUAAUUUGUAUAUGCGAUCUUCAUUUACAUAAUGUAGAUUAUAAACUCAGAAGAAAAAGAUACAUUUCAGUGUUUCAAGUCGGGACCAGAGAUAUCACUUUUUAAAUAAAUUCUUAUUUCAAAGCUUUACUUAAAGCUGUCAGAUUUGAUGACUGUAAAUAUUACCAUGGGAAACACUUUAGUUGUUUUUCCUGAGUUUUUAAUGGAAGCUUACAAUAAUUUUAUUCUUGAUUAUGCAUCUCUAAAGAGUUCAGAAAUGUGCACUUCUUGGGUCGUAGCACUGAAUGUUUUUUUUUUUUUAAGAUUACUACAGUUAUAGGUCCACUCAGUAAUUUUUUGAAGUAUACCAAAGUGGCUUACAUUGGUUUAAAGUGACCCCUAGUGGCCUGGAUGCUGCAUCAUUCAAACAGUAGUUUUCAGUUACUGAUGCCAUUGUAGAAAUUCACUAUGCAGAGUAAACCAAGAUUAUUUUAAUCCAUGAAUGAAAGUGUCCAAUAACAGGGCAGUUACUGAGAUUAAGCGAGCAGUAUUUGGCUGGUCAUGUGAUGCUAACAUGGCUGCCCCCAUGAGGUGCCCCUGUUCCAUGUAGAAUAAAAGAGCUUUUAUAAGGUAACUGAUAUGACUGAAUUCUUUGUCUCACAUGAGAGGUCAUGAUUUUAUACGUUUCAAUUUGCGCAUGACUAAACUAUAUUUCUCUUGAUUUUAAUGUUUUCUAUGCAAAAAAUGCAUUGGUACUGGCAUUUGGAUUGAUGAUUUUAUUUUUUGCCAGCACAAAAUGGUAUUUACAACAGAUUUUAAAUGGAGAAACAAAAACAAAUAAACAUUUUCGUGAAUCUAUUGUUCAUAUACAGUAGUUUAACAGUGUUAUGCUAAUGUAUAUCGUGCAUUUGACAUUUUUCAUAUUUUGGACAUCAUUAAAACUUCAGUAUGUUCAUUGUUAUAAAUGCAUCCCCAUCAUAGCUUUUAAAUGCAUCAAAAAUACAAAGAAUAAAUUUAAUGAUUUUAGAAUAAUUUAUUUUCAGUUGAUAAAUUUGAAGCUGUACAUAUUUUUCAAGCAUAAUGUCAUAAGCAGUAAUUGCCAAUGAAAAAAAAAAAUCAAGGCAAAUGUGAUUAUAGUCAUCAAAACCAGUAUAGUAUAUAUAGAAUCAAGUUGUUUACAGAUUUUCAAACCAUUCCAUUGUGUAUCUACAGAAAUCACCUUUAUGUAUAUUUUUAACAGUAUUGGUCAGUAUAAUACAGAAUUGUCAGAAUAAAAGGUCAUACCAAAAACAGUCUAUUUUUAUCAAAUCAGCUUUAAAUAAUUAUAUUCAAAGUUAUCUGAACUCAUGUACAAUACAUACAGUUACUUCUACUGACAUUGUUCAACUCUUUUUAAUCACUUUACAGCAGAAGCAUUCCACUUUAUUUCUACAAUGACUUCUGUCCUUUUACGGUGAAAAAAACUUGCUUUGUUAAAUAUUAGGCUGUUUUAAAAGGUUGAAAUUGUGUGCAUCAGGAGUUUCUCAUUCAGUGAGGCUAAUCUGCAUGGUGGUGUGAAAUUAGCGAUUGCAGCACAAUCUAAUUAUUGACAGCAACAUAUUUAUGGCUUCCUGAGGGAGGGAGAGCAAAUAUAAAAUUACAGCAGCUCAUAUAAUGUCCACCACAGCAUACAAACAUAGCAAACGUGUACGACUAACAUCCCAUUUGAAACACAUGCUAAUGUUGACGGCACUGAUUAUUUAGCAUUACUGUAUAAUAAGGCAUUUAAUCUAUUAAUUCUCAUACAGCAAAUUAAUGCUGUAUUAAUCAUUGACUUAUAGACAAUGUGCAUGUCUGAGUAACAUGAUCUACCAGUUCUAGACACAUCUACUGGAAGACUGUUUAAGGGAAAACACAUGCACAAUGACAGUAUACAGUGUAAUAACACAACUUGUACUAGGGAAAAAGAUCCACUGUUUAGAUCACAAAAUAUAAUUGUUAAUAUUACUGUAAAAUAUAAUUAAUUAAAAGCAGCAAUUACUUGUAGGCCUAUAGAUUCCUCCCCAGGGUAAAUGUAUAUUUGAAGCUAGUAGUGUUUCAUGAAAGGUUUAGGUUACCCAAAAAUGAAAUUCUCUCAUGAUUUACUUGCCUUUAAGCCAUCCCAGAUGUGUAUGACUUUCCUUCUUCAACGGAG